AUUGAAUUGACCAUACCAAUUCACCAACGUGAUUGUUUUGAACUGAGAGACAUUUUUGUGUUAAAAUGCUGAUACCAUGUCGCAGUUUGCACAUGGAAGUUUCCGUAGUUUGAAAGACAAUGGGUAAAAGGAACCCUGAAGCAGCCGAAGCUUUCCAGUCGAGCACAGAUCUCCUUGUCAAAAUAUUAACAUUUUGACUUGCGAAUAUCUUUUUUUUCAUGUUUGGAUGGUGAUUACUGUAAGCCUAUUUUUAGCAAUUUCCCAUGUUGUUCCAUGGAGAAAAACUUGCCUAAAUCCAAGCAGAGACCCCCAAAUUAGUGUCUGAAAUUCGUUAGAGCCCUCCGAAUCCGCAGAAGUUUGAUUGGCAUCUCCAUAUAACACCCUCAUUUCUUCCUGCAGAUGAUAACUAUAAGCGGCCUUGGGUUUGUCCAAGGGGGUCAAUCAUGGCUAACCCAUCAAAAAUGAAUGCCUUUGGCUGCUUUCUUGUCGUUUUUCUUUCACUUUUCUCGUCCUUUUCUUCAGCUUUAACAGAUGCUGAGGCGGCUUAUAUAGCACGCCGUCAGCUGUUGCACCACCCAGAUGAUGAUAGCCUUCCUAACGAAUCCGAAUACGAGAUUGAUGCUCGUUUAACAUUUGCCAAUCCAAGGCUCAAGAAAGCCUACAUUGCCCUUCAGGCGUUUAAGAAAGCUAUUUACUCGGAUCCACAGAACUUUACAGCUAAUUGGGAGGGUGCUAAUGUGUGCGCCUACAAUGGUGUGUUCUGUGCACAAGCGCUCGACAAUCCUAAACAGUCUGUCGUCGCUGGGGUCGACUUGAACCAUGCGGACAUUGCAGGACACCUACCUAUCGAGAUUGGUCACUUGGUGGACAUUAGCCUUCUCCACCUUAAUUCCAAUAGGUUUUGUGGGAUCAUUCCAAAAAGCAUUGCGAAGCUGACCCUUCUCUUUGAACUUGAUGUUAGCAACAAUCGUUUUGUUGGACCUUUCCCCGAGGUUGUCUUAGAGUUACCAUCUCUAAAAUACCUCGACCUUAGGUACAAUGAUUUCGAAGGACAAUUGCCUCCCCAACUCUUCAAUAAGCCACUUGACGCACUUUUCUUGAAUGACAACCGGUUCCACUCAACCAUCCCUGAAAAUUUUGGAAAUUCCACUGUUUCAGUGCUGGUUUUGUCCAACAACAAAUUCCAUGGUUGUAUUCCGAAGAGCAUUGGCAAAAUGGCGAACACAUUGGAUGAAAUCCUUUUGUCGAACAAUGCACUCUCGGGUUGCUUGCCUGAAGAAAUAACACUCCUGAAGAGCGCCACGGUUUUCGACAUUAGCGAUAAC